AUGGAUCAGGGAAACCGAAUCAGAGAUGCGGAAAAAGAGGAGAAGGAGGAAUUCCAGCAUAAUGAUAUACAUUCUGAGGAAGAAGAAUCUAAAGAAAUAAACAAAAACAAAAAGAGUCAAACAAAUUUAGACGACACAAACGAAGGCUUAACUGACGAACGCUUCCAAUUCAAUGACAAUUUAUGGAAAAGCAUCAAAAGGGAAGAAUCGAGAAAAGGUAUUGUAUAUCUGUAUGAUGUCCCAAUAGGUUUAAAUGUAGCAAAGGUGAGAGAAAUUUUUAGUAAUUAUGGAUCCGUCUGUAGGGUACACUUAAAUAGAGUUCAAGAUGAUGAUAACGAGGAGAAGAAGGGAGUAAUGGAAGCAUUUUCCUCUUCGAGCACUUUGAAGAAUGAGAGAAAAAGAACAAUAAAAAAAAAUAGAAAAAAGUGUAUUGUUAAGUAUCAAGAUGGAUAUGUUGAAUUCUUUGAAAAGAAAGAUGCCAUCAAAGCUGUAAGAACAUUAAAUAACCAAAUGAUUGGUGGGAAGAAGAGGAAAAAUAUUAUAAGAGAUCACUUUUGGCAUUUAAAAUACAUAAAAAACAAUUUCAAAUGGAGUGACUUGAUAUCAUCGCCCCUGUAUCGAAAAAUGUCACGAAACGAUCAACUCAACCAUGCCUUUAAGAGCAUGUAUAAACAGUAUGAGGAAUAUAUUGACAAAAUUAAUCAUAUGAAUGAUAAGGAACGUAUCUCAGCGGACCGUGUUAAUAAGAACAGUAAUGAAACUUGGAAAAUUGGGAAAACUAAGAAAAAAAAAAAAAAAAAAAAAAUUAUUUCGAAGAAGGUAUUUACGCCUCUGCAGUUCGUGUCGAUGAAGAAAGAGGGUGCAUCUAAAGAAGUGACCCAUGGAAUAGACAGUGGGACGAUCGAAGAAAUGAUAAUAGAAUCCCCUCCAGAGGUGGCUAGAAAAGUAUCUCCAGACACACCCAAGAGCACCGUUUCUGCGGACCUUUUAAGACUACUAAUGUAA